ACGCCGACGCCGUUGUCGCGUUGUCCCGCCCCUUCCGCGGUCACGUGUCCCGCUCGACGAGCUCGCUGGCGUGCGGCGACCUCCGCUGGCGGCUCCGCCACCCCCGGUCCCGACCCGACCCGACCCGUUCCCCCCUCGCCGGCACCAUGUCCACCGCCAUGAACUUCGGCAACAAGACCUUCAAGCCGCGUCCGCCGGACAAAGGCGCCUUCCCGCUGGAUCACUUCGGGGAGUGCAGCGCCUUCAAGGAGCGGUUCAUGCAGUGCCUCCGCGACAGCGGCUACGAGAGCGGGGCCUGCCGGCAGCGCGCCAUGGCCUACCUGGAGUGCCGGAUGGAGAGGCAACUUAUGGCUAAUGAACCACUGGAAAAAUUGGGAUUUAAAGAUCUGAUAAAUGAAAAGUCAGAAGCAAAACCUGAGAAGUUGUAAUGAAGAGAGACAACUUUGCUCCUCACGUAUGGAAAGCACAGGGCUUAUGUAGUACAUAUUGUACAUUCUGUUCCUGCUGCAAUAGGAAGUGUUUCCUGAAGGAACCUUUUCUCAGAGUUAAGUUUUCCUAAAGUAAGACUUUUGAAAUGAGCAAAAGUGCUGCCUUUGUCUGCUGCCUUCAGGCAUUUCUUUUUCCUUUUAGUUUUUCUAGCCUGCUUUUGUAGAUCCAUAAGAACCUUUUGCCUGGGAGAAGACAGUUACUGCCUGAAGUGUUCUCCAUGUCUCUGUAAGAACAGUCAAGUCUUGUUGUAAAAGACAAGAAAACCCCAGGCCUUUAUUCUGUAGAUCUUGAACUAUAGAUUACUCUUUAGUGGGCAUUGCUAAUAUGCUUACAGCAAUUACUUGUUGGGAAGGUGAAGGUAUUGUGGUAAUUGCAAAUUGCUUUCUAUUAAAUACUGGUAUUAAUCCCCAGCUUUGGGGUUUUUGACCCUUUGGGGUUGGUCUUUUCUCACUCUGCUAUAGAAAACACUUGGAUACUGGGGUUGGUGGAGUAUUUCUAGUUCCAUACAACUGUCAGGUAAUGAUUUUGCUUUUAUUUAUCUUGGCAACCAUGUUCACCUGGUUUUUUUCAUCAUUUAACUGGGAAUAUUUCAUUAUGGAUGUAUUCAUCUUCUAAGCAGAGCUGCCAUGUGUUUUUUGUAGUAUUUUCACAGUGAUGUUAUGGAGACAGAGUGGUAUUUAUUUGUGUUCUGAGUAACUGUGAAGUGUAUAUAUAAGUGUGACUGGACAAAUUUAUUCUUUUAAAAACACAUUUUAUGUUAAAAACCAGGGUAGGUCAAGAGUGUGCAGUAUUUCAUUGCAGCUGCAGCCCAUACAUGGAGAAGGUGAUGCAGCAGGCUGCACAAUAGGUGUGCAACCUGCUCUGAAUGUGUCUUUGAGAUCUCUGGCAUGUUUGUGCCAUAGCCCAUUUCAUGUAUAAAUUACCAGUUACCAGAGUGGUUUUUCCCUUGCAUAUAUUAAUGCAGAUGAGUUUUUCUUAAUGAUGAGUUCAAGUCAAAAUAAUUUGGCCUGUUAGCACCUUAGAAAUAUGUUUCAAGCAGACAAUAAAUUUGUAAAUCCUCUGGA